CUCUCCCUCCUCAUUCACCCUCCUGCUUCUGUCUCCCUCUCUCAUCCAGUCAUCUUGUCUCCCUGAGUAGAAGGAGGAAAAUAGCCAGCAGGUUGAAUGCCUCUGUCUUUACUAAUGCUUGGGAUCGUCAAAAAAGGAUAAGUGUAUUCUUGUUUGAGCAUGACAAGGGCUGCAAACAACCCAGGAUUACUCAGCCAUCAGCCCCAGCAUGCUAACUGUACACAGGGGCACGCACCACGGAUAAUUAUAGCUCUCAUAUACCAGUACUCUGCCAGAGCAGCACACUGACAGCAGGACUCCACAGAAUGGAGCAAGAAUGAGAGGGAAGUGGCUGAGGGAGAAGCAUGAGCUGGCGUCUGGUCAAGUUGCUCUCCUUCCUGUUUAUUUGGGAGCAGAUUACCGUGCAGGAAUCCGUACAAUCACAGCAACAUGUCCCCAAAGAGUUUGAUUGGCUCAUCUCAGACCGAGGACCAUUUCAUCACUCACGCAGCUACCUGUCCUUUGUGGAGAGGCAUCGGCAGGGCUACUCUACCAGAUAUAAAAUCUACAGGGAAUUUGCCCGCUGGAAGGUGAGAAACGUGGCAGUGGACCAGAAGGAGCCACUCCAUCAUCCUUUACCAUUAAUGCCUGAAUUUCAGCAGAGUUUGCGACAACUUGGUCGGAGGCCUUCCUCACAACAAAUAACAGAGACCAUCAUCAAGAAGUAUGGCACACAUCUGUUGGUUUCUGCCACACUAGGAGGUGAGGAGGCAUUGACAAUGUACAUGGAUAAAAGCAGGCUAGAUCGCCGCUCAGGGAAUGGAAAUCAGAGUGUUGAAUCUCUUCAUCAUUUGGCAUCAUCAUAUUUUGUGGACAGAGAUGGGACCAUGAGAAAACUUCAUGAAAUCCAAAUAUCCACAGGAGCCAUUAAGGUGACAGAAACUCGUACAGGGCCACUGGGCUGCAGCAGCUAUGACAAUCUUGACUCUGUUAGCUCAGUGCUACUUAAGAGCAUGGAGAGCAAGCUGCAUUUACAGGGUCUGCAGAUUAUUGUCCCUCAAUACCUGCGGGAGAAAUUUGUGCAGUCUGCAUUGAGUUACAUAAUGUGUAAUGGGGAAGGAGAAUAUGUGUGCAAGAACAGACAGUGCUCCUGCCUGUGCUCUGAAUCUUACCCUCGGUGUAACUGCCCUAUAAAUGAUAUACAGAUAAUGGAAAACACACUGACUAAUCAGGGCAAAGCUUGGGCACAAGCAUACAGAGACUUUGAGAGCUCAGAUGAGUUUAAAUCUUUGAUGAAGCAUUUACCUAGUAGCCAUUUUCUGAGCAUUGGAGCCAUUCACCAGCAUUGGGGCAAUGACUGGGAACUGCAAAGUCGCUAUAAAUUGCUCCAGAACUCAAUAGAGAUGCAGCGGCAAAAGAUGCAGCGCACAGCACGCAAACUGUUUGGACUCAGUCUGCGGUGUCGGCACAAUCCCAAUCAUCAGCUGCCUAGAGAGCGGACAAUUCAACAGUGGCUGGCUCAAGUGCAGUCCUUACUUUACUGCAAUGAGAAUGGUUUUUGGGGAACCUUUUUGGAAAGUCAAAGGAGCUGUGUGUGCCAUGGAGGGAGUACCCUUUGCCAGCGACCUAUCCCUUGCAUUAUUGGGGGAAACCAGAGUUGUGCAAUGUGCAGUAUGGCCAACAUUUCAUUAUGCGGCUCCUGCAACAAGGGCUUCAAACUGUACCGUGGCCGUUGUGAGGCACAGAAUGUAGACUCAGAACGUAGUGAGCAAUUUAUGAGUCUUGAGACAGAACUGGACUUCCAAGACCAGGAGCUUCGUUAUCUUCUGCAGAAGAUGGACUCUCGACUUCACGUUCAUACCACCUUCAUAAGCAACGAGAUACGAUUAGACACAUUUUUUGAUCCACGCUGGAGAAAGAGGAUGUCUCUCACUUUAAAAAGCAACAAAAAUCGAGUAGAGUUUAUUCACAUGGUUAUUGGAAUGUCCAUGCGCAUCUGCCAGGCCCGUAACACUACUUUAGACCCAAGCUUCUUUGUUUAUGUAAAUCCGUUUAGUGGAAGCCAUUCAGAGGGAUGGAGUAUGCCUUUUGGGGAGCAUGGCUAUCCAAAGUGGGAGAAAACAAAGCUUCAGAACAGCCAGUGCUCUAAUUGGACUCUGUUAUUGGGAAAUCGCUGGAAGACAUUCUUUGAAACUGUGCAUAUUUACCUUCGCAGUCGCGCACGCCUUCCAACUCUUUUGCGUAAUGAGACUGGUCAAAGCCCAGUAGAUCUAUCUGACCCAACCAAGAGACAGUUUUAUGUGAAGAUCUCAGAAGUUCAGUUGUAUGGUUAUAGCUUACGAUUUAAUCCAGAUCUUCUCCGCAGUGCAGUGCAGCAGGUUAAUCAGUCCUAUUCCCAAAACGGGCAGUUUUAUUCAUCCUCAUCCGUAAUGCUGCUUAUGUUGGAUAUUCGUGAGAGGAUCAAUCGCUUAGCCCCACCUGCAGGACCAGGCAAACCCCAACUGGACAUAUUUUCUUGUAUGCUGAAGCACCGCUUGAAGUUGACAAACAGCGAGAUCAUACGUGUAAACCACGCCUUGGAUUUGUACAACACUGAGAUUCUGAAACAGGCUGACCAUAUGACAGUUAAAUUGUGUUAACCCUCUCUUCUGCCUCCUUCUAAAAAACCCCUGGAUCAAAUAGUGGUCCACCUUCUGGAGAAUUUUAUUGGUCUGAUAUUUUUAAUAAUUUUCAUUGACUUGGGAGAUUUCUCUUCUAUUUCCAUACAGAUGCAAAAUCCAACUUACUGUCUGACUAUGAUUAUGUUGCACUAUAUAAAAUGAGUAUAUUUACAUACUUACAUAUAAAGGCUUCUUUUUUAAAUAUCACAUAAGCACCAUGCAAAGUACUGGACAUUUCUUUGUGCAGUAUGAGCAUAGCUGCACCAUCUAAAGUACAUUUUUACAUCUAGCAGUAAAUAAGGGGGAAUACAGAGGUUACAUGUUACUACAGUGCUGUAGUUAUAUCAUAGUAUUGUUCUUUGUUUGUGUCCCAGUUCCAUCCCCAGAUGUGGGCUGUAUCACUGUAUGUAUCUUUCUGCUGCACCUUGUGGUGCAUCACAUAUCAAAUGCUGCAAAUAUUGUAAUUUUAAUGAAAAGAAUGUAACAUUAUUUUUGCUCAUGUGCUUAAUUACAGUAUUUAUUAAGCUAUGCAAUCUUUAAUACAGUGUACAUGCUUUUGUCUAAA